AUGGGAUAUGUUGAUGUGAUGGGAUAUGCGGUUGAGGCCGAAUUGGUUGAGAUGGAAUAUGAUGAUGUGAUGGUUGAAUACGUGACUGAAUUGGUUGUGACUGAAUAUGAGGCUGAAUACGUGAUUGUGACUGUGAUGGAAUAUGAUGCUGUGACUGUGGAAUAUAUGGUUGCUGUGGUUGCUGUGAUGGCUGACUAUGUGAUGGCUGUCUGUGUGAUGGCUGCUGAAUUGGUUCUGCUAAAUUACGCAUUCUCAAUUUCCCUCUUUCUAACAUCAUUCUGUCUUCAUUUGUUAACUGUCCUGGAUUUGGUUGGAAUCCAGGUCGACGUGGAACACUGUGAUGAAUUGGAACACUGUGAGAUGCUGGAACACUGUGAUGAGUUGGAUUGUAAGGUGGCUCUGGUUGCAAUUCACCCCCUUCUUCAAAUUCCAUGCUUUCUACUGGUGUAA